CUGAUCGGAUCGGCCGCGAGGUUUGAAACAAGGGGAAAAGCCAGAAGGAGGUGAGCGAGGAAUCGGGAAGGUGGAGAGCAAGCGAGGGAGAGAGAAGCCGGUCACUAUGGCACAUAGACUUGAGUCUCCAGCGAGCCUAUUUUCAGAUGAAGAAGGAGUUGCCUCCCCUGUACUGGAAUCCACGGUGGCAGAUUGUGGGCCUGGCUUGUGCAGAAGUCUCUUGCCAGAUCUAUCUGCCAUCUCUACAUCCCAUGAGCAGGCUGCUUCUGAUGCCGAUGGGAAAGUGAAGGUGUAUGCAAGGGUGCGCCCUUUGAAGCCAUCUGAAGUGGAGAAGCAAGAAGAUCAAGGCUGUGUCUGUAUCGAGAAUCCCGAAACUCUUCUUCUCAAAGCGCCCAAGGAUUCUUUCACAAAUAAAAACUCAGAACGAGGCAUCGGUCAUGCCAUACAUAAAUGCACCUUCACUCAGAUCUUUGGACCAGAGGUGAGCCAGAAGUCUUUCUUUGAUGCAGCAAUGAAGGAUGUGGUAAAGGAUGUGCUCAAUGGAAAGAAUUGGCUUGUUUAUACCUAUGGUGUCACUAAUUCAGGGAAAACCUAUACUAUCCAAGGAAAUGGGGCUGAUGGGGGAAUCCUGCCCCGUUCCUUGGCUGUUAUAUUCAACAGUAUUGGGACUCAGCUGUACCAAGCCACAGACCUGAAGCCCAUCCUCUCGAGUGAGGUAAUCUGGCUGGACAGCAAGCAGGUUCGACAGGAGGAAAUGAAAAAACAGGCUUUGAUGUGUGGCAGGAUGAAAGAGGAGGAGCUCCUCUAUACUUCUCUGAACAAAUGUCAAGCAUCCCAAGAAACAACCACAAGCAUUGACAGCGGCUUUGGUGGCAUCUCUUCCACUUCCCAGUCUGCCAGCCAGACCAGUGCCAGUCAGCUGGAAGAGACGCAUCUGCCCUGUUAUGACUCGGAUCAAGUAUCAUUACUGGAUCAAGAGGAUGUACAGUUUUCCAUCUGGAUUUCCUUCUUUGAGAUCUACAAUGAGCUGAUUUAUGACUUGCUGGAGAUGAGUCCGCAUGGCCCGAACCCCAAGAGGCCCACUCUGCGGCUGUGUGAGGACCAAACAGGCAAUCCCUAUGUCAAAGAUCUUAACUGGAUCAACAUUAAAGAUGCUAACGAGGCCUGGAGACUCUUGAAACUCGGUCGGAGAAACCAAAGUUUUGCGAGCACUCACAUGAACCAAAAUUCUAGCCGCAGUCACAGCAUAUUCUCUAUUCGAAUUCUACACCUUCAAGGAAGCAACAAUGAAAUGGUCCCCACAAUCAGUGAGCUGUCACUGUGUGACCUGGCUGGUUCAGAGCGCUGCAAAGAGCAGAGAACUGGGGACCGCAUGAAAGAGGCAAAUAACAUCAACACGUCUUUGCAUACUUUGGGGCGUUGCCUCAGGACUCUGCGACAGAACCAGCAAUCUAAGCUGAAGCAGAAUGUUGUGCCCUUUCGCGACAGCAAGCUAACUCGUGUCUUCCAAGGCUUCUUCACCGGGCGUGGGCAGUCCUGUAUGAUUGUUAACAUCAACCCAUGCGCAUCGUCAUAUGAUGAAACUCUCCAUGUGACUAAAUUCUCUGCCAUUGCCAGCCAGCUCAUCCAGGCUCCUUCAAAGGUGGGACUCUUGACCAUCCAGUCUCUUGUCAAGGAACAUGGCAUUCGAAGCCCCAAGGUCUCCAUGGAUGUUUUGGAUGAAGAAACAGCAUCCAAUGAAGGAAGUGAGGAUGAAGCAGAUGUGACUGUAUUUGGCAAAGAGGCUCUUGAGGCUGUACAAGAACUGAUACUGAAGGAGCGCCGGGAGAAGUUUCAGAUGGAAAUGCAGGUCCGUGAGGAGAUCUGCAAUGUGAUGAUGGAGAAGCUCCAAGAGAAGGAACGGUGGUGGAGUGAUUAUUUGGAAGCCGAAAAGGAGGCACUGGAGAAGCUGCAUGAAAGCAACCUGAACAAUCAGAAGGAGUUGCUGACAGACUAUUAUCUGGAGGAAAUUGAGGAAAGAGAUGAAAAAAUCAAAGAUUUAGAAGUUGCUUUGCAAGAAGCCAAACAACAGCAACAAUCCCAAGACCUAAAGUCUCAAGAAAUGGAGGAAUCAUUCCGCAGGUCCAAACGAGUGGCAUGUAACGAGCAGCAGAAUUUGCAGCAGCAGAUGCAGGCCAAGUUGGAGCAAUGCCAGGCAGAGUUGAGCACAGCCAAUAAAGAGUUACGUAAAUUCCAGAGGAUGAUGGAACCUCCACCUUCUGCAAAGCCCAUAACUGCCGAUGUAGAUCGGAAACUAGAAGAAGGUCAAAAGAAUGUGAGGCUGCUGCGUUCUGAGUUGUUGAAGCUGGAAGAGUCGCUCCAGUCAGCUGAAAGAGCCUGUUGUCACAGCACAGGGGCCGGGAAGCUCCGUGAGACCCUUGCUAAUUGUGACAGGAUCUUGAUCAAGCAGGACCAGACUCUGGCUGAACUUCAUAACAACAUGAUGCUGGUGAAGAUAGAUUUGAGGAAGAAAGCAACCUGUAUUGCAGAGCAGUACCAAACUGUACAGAAACUCCAAGCAGCAGUGGCAGCACCUGCACCCCUGCCCCCCUCGGCCAAAAAACGCUUCUGUGCGAACAGUGAAAAUAUGCAACCUAGAAGCCAAACUCCUGCCAAGAAGCCUUUCUUGCGCAGCUUCUUGACUCGCUCAGUCGCCUGCCCUUCAGUAACAUCAGAGAGCCCCUACAAUCGCAUAUUACGUGCCCGAAAAUCUCCGCCAUUCAAAACCAUGGCUUUUGGGAAAAAGUACUGAAAGCCUUUUAGACUGCUGCCACCACAGCAGCAGUCCAGAUAUAGCCGUACUUCUAUAGGACCUGUUGGCAUUUAAGUACCAUUGAUUUCAGUGGGCUUAUUAUGAAUAUGAAUGUGUGGCUUUAACCCAAGGUAUCAAAAAGUAUUAUGGUCUAAAUUGAAGUAUUAGUUCCAAUUAGAGUAGACCCCCUUCAGUCACUGGAACUAUUAAUGAUUUA